AACAAAUUCUUUCCCCUAUGGAGAAGAAAAAGAGAGAAAUUAUCUAUGAUAUAUUUUCUUUGCUUCCCCUCGAAAUUAUCUAUGACAUAUUUUGUCGGCUUCCUGUCAAGUCUUUAACGUGUCUCAAGUGUGUUUCCAAAUUUUAUCUUUCUCUUCUAUCGGAUCCAUCUUUUCUUGAUAUCCAUCAUACCCACUCUAUAUCUCGUCCUGAUAAGACGAAAUUCCUGGCAUGUUCCCUGGAUGGAAAUUUUUCUUACACCGUAGAUGAGAAAGUGGAAGAUAGGAAAGCCACCGUUCUUCGUAUUGAGGAGUUAGAUGGUGUAAAAUAUUCUAGAUUUGAUUAUGUUAAUGGUUUGUUUUGCUUAUGGAGUGCAACCGUCCAUCCCCCUGCUAUUUAUAAUCCCACUACAAGAAUAGUAAGAUAUCUUCCUUGCCUAGAUUCCAUGAUCAUUGAUGAUGAAGUUUUUACCAAUUAUUACUAUUCAUUAGGUUUUGAACCGGAUGAAAAGGAGUAUAAAAUUUUGAUGAGUAGUGUUCCGCUAGAUUUGGACUCACCCACAAGACAGUGGGUUUUAACACUCGGCACAAGUGAAUCGUGGAGAGAGAUUAAAAGUGCACCUUGUCCAUUAUUUCUAUUUACGAUUGAAGGAGUUUGCAUCGAAGGAGCUGUCUAUUUCGUAGGUGCUCACGAUAAAAGAUGCAUAGUGGCAUUUAAUGUUAGGAUGGAAAAAUUUCAGAAUUAUCUCAUUGUGGAAUCACGUCUUAGAUGUUCCGGCAGAAAGGUUUUAUAACUUGAUAGAAGUGAAGGGAAAAUUAGCGGCCAUUGAUUGUUCAAGAUGGAACGUGGGAGAGAUGGAUUUGAGGAUUUUACAAAGUUCUGAAAUUGAAGAAUGGGUGAACAAACAAUUGCGUUCCCCGAGGCACUUUCUUCUAGCUUGACGAUGUAUCUCGCGGGUUGCUUUUGUGGUAGUACUCGUGAUGGUGAGGUCGUGUUCAUCUCUAACACCAAGCUCGAGCGAAAUUGGAUUGUCUUUUAUGAUCUCAAGAAGAAGAAUUGGAGAGAAAUUGAAAUCACGGAGCUUGCAGAAAAGGUGGAGAUCAUUGGUAUCUAUAGUCAUGUAGAUAGCCUC